AUGUCCACCCUCAUUCAACAAUUUCAGUCCCCCUCAAACCCAGAUCGGAGCAUAACCUACGCCCAUCUGAACAUAGGAGCUCAACACACGCUUAUAUUCUGCUACGGAGCCGCCAGCAAUUCUCUGGUACUAAGCCUGUAUGAGCCCUUUCUGGAAUCCCACGCAGACCUCUCACUACUAUGUGUCGACCGAUGGACCCAAGGCAAAGACGCUGCCCGCACUGGACCAGCCCUGCUGUCCGAGCUCACCUCCAUCACCCUAGAGCUCCUGGACUCGCUGAAGAUUGACCAUUUCAGCAUUGCAUCCCACUCAGCAGGCGUUUACCAACAACUCCACCUUGCACAAAGCGCACCAACGCGCGUGGAUCAUGUCUUCCCUAUCUCAUCGCACAUUCCAGAACCAUACACCGACUCCAAGAUCAUGAAUGUCAUGUGCUCGAUGCCAGACUUCCUGUUCAAACCUAUCACCAAGUUAGAUGCUACCAUGGCCAAUACGUGGAUUGGAAAAAAGUUCGUCGGUAUGAUGGCGAAGAAGGACGACGAAGAGAAGAAUGACCUCUAUAUAUCUUCGUCGGAGAAUAUGAAGCCCAUUCAUGAGCGUAUUAUAACCGAGUGUGCGGCUAAUCCGGUGCGCGCUGAAGCGUCGAAUAUUGACUAUCGCUUUGGGUAUGGGCGCAUUGAAGGGGUCAAGGCUGACUUCCUUACGGGGCUUUAUCGGGACUCUCCUGUUGGUAUUACCUGGUAUACGUCAGAUGGAGAGGUUUUCUUCGGGCCAAAGUGUGUGGAGCGGAUUGCUAAAGAUAUGGAUAAGGUGGAGGUGGAAAUCGUGAAUGUUCCUGGGGCGACUCAUGCGGAUAUCUAUGUACGGAAGGACGUUUGGGAGGGAAUGUAUGCUAGGAUGACAAGAGGACGGGAGGCGUCAUGA